AGAGAGAGAGAGAGAGAGAGAGAGAGAGAGAGAGAGAGCGAGAGAGAGACAGAGAGAGAGAGAGAGAGAGAGAGAGAGAGAGAGAAGAGAGAGAGAGAGGAGGAGAAGAUAAAA